AUGUCUAACAUAAAUAUCAUGAUGAACAAAUCAAUUUAAAAAUUUAGAAAUCAUUAGAGGAUAGACAACCAAAAAAAACAUUCUUUAAUCAAUUUGGUACUCUAAGAGAGUUUAUCAACUAGAUAAGUAAUUAAUUAUAUGAUUUAAGGCAGCACAGAAGCUGUAAAUUAAAUAUUCCACAGCUAAGUAUAUUGUGAAGAAUUUUAAAAAUAAAGGAAACCAUUUAGAUGAACACCAACAUCCUCAAAGUAAAUAAAAAUCAAUGGUCUCAAAUGUAAGUAUUAUCAUAGAUGUCUCUGAUGGAAAUAUUUCUCUAAUAAAAAAUAGCCAAAAAUUAUGCUAUUCUAAUUAGCAUUCUCUGUAGGAGGAACUCAAAAAUAGCAAUUUACUCUAAACUUCAGAAUUAAUUUUUUAGAAGUUAGGGAAAAUUCCUUGGAAUAAAAUAUAUUAUAAAGACUGUAAUGACACUGAAUUUUUAAAGGCCUAUAUAUUAAAAUAGCAUUAUCUUAUGAAAAAAUCAUGA